AUGACACACGUGAUUAGAGAGAAGCGCAAGUGCUUGGAUUUAUAUCCUCCGCCUCGUUUAGUCAAAUCCUGUCGUCCGACAAUGCUCUCAGAUUGUUAUUGCCAGACUUGCGUGCCAAUAGAGCGACAAAGAGAGGAGAUCCACUCGGAAAGAAGUCGCGUGAAAAGUUCUCGUGCUAAACCGGAAACCGCCAGGAGUGCGAAGAAGAUCUUACUGACUCCGGCAAAGGUCGUUGCCGAUAUACAGUCUGAGAACAGGAUAUCAGAGCUUCCAGCUGCCUUGAUUCUCAGCCCAGAAACAUCGGCUGCUCUCGAAGACGUCGAGAAAUUAAUCAAAGAUGCAAAAAUUCAAAUAAAAGAAAUAAGCAAAUCCGCCGGUUCUGGUGGUUGUAAAAGAACGAGCAGAAGUAUAUACCAAGGCGAGGCUUCGUUCGAAGACGAAACCGAUCAAUUGCUAUACAUCCGGGAGCGUGUAACGUAUAAAUUUGAAGAAGCAAAUGGCUGGAUCGAUACCAUCUGCCCAACUUCGAAAAACGAACAGUUUCACGAAGAAGAAGAAGAAGAAGAAGAAGAAGAAGACGAUGUAGCAAUGAAAUUUAAGAGAUCCGUCGAUUUAUCCGCACCGAAAUUCCGAACUUCCGAAGAUCGGUACAGAGAAUUUUCUCGGCGAAGAAACUUUCAAAUCGAACAAUUGCAACUUCUGUCUGGUAACAAAGAGAAACCACGAUACAACGACGAAGCCUGUGCUUCUUCUCUCUCAGGAAGACGAGAGAACGAAGAAGAAAAUAGAAGAAUUAACAGCUGUUCUGUUCAAGCCGGUCCAUCGGUGGACAUCAAAGGAGAACUGAUCAGGCAAAAUUUAGAAAGCAUCCAUAUCUCGCCUAAUCCUUGUUUCGUGCAAGAAAGCCAGAACGUUGGAACAUACGUGUUCUAUCGCGACUUCUUCGCGGAGAACGCUUCUCCAAGGCGUAAAGAGAAAUUCGUGAGGAUAGUGGAAGAAACUAAUGGAAAUAAUAAAAAUAAAACGAGAUCGAUUAACGGUAAACAGAAGAAGAAACGUCCUAAAGAGUCCAAAGAAAUGGAAGUUAACGAUAGCUCCGAUUUUUCACAAGUUUCGGAAAAAUCCGAGAAAAUCCCAGAAAGAUCUGGUAUCGUUACCACGGAAGAUAAGGAAGAAUCUACAGUUGUGAAUGUAGAAAAAACAGUCGAUAAGAAAGAAUCGUUAACGAAGAAUUCGGAUGAUAAGGAAGACAGGUCGGAGGAUCGAAGUACGGAGAAAUCUCUCCGCGAUGUUUCGAAUGCUAAACACGAAGAUAAAGUUAUCGAUCAAGAGGCAGGAGAUUCGACAAUUAAGGCAGCUUCCGGGAACGAACAGAAGCAAGUACGAUUCGGCGAGCAGCAAACUUCGAAGAGGGAAAAUAAGAAAACUCACGUCGAUGAAUUACCAAGUGAGAAGGAAGAUGGAACGGUUUUAAAGGAAGAUUUAAAGGUAUCGUCGAAAUCCGUUGAACCAGAAGGUCAGAAUGUUUUAAAGGAUAAUACGGAAGAGUUGAAGCGUCCUUCGUCUUCGAAAACUGUUGAAAUAAACGACAAGUAUCUGGUUCCACUCUCGACGAAGAAAAUCGAAGAUAAAUGUGCGGUCGAUAAGAAAAGGCACAGGGAAAUAUGGGGAGAACGGAGAACGGAGAAAAAUGAACGCUAUAGCGUGAUAGAUGAACGUUUCACGAGUAUUCUGAAAAAUUAUUGCGAUCUAGAAAAAAAAUCCAGGAAAAAUGGUAAUUCCAAUGAUACACCUUCGAGUAUCGAUUCUUCGGAUAACUCGGAGGAAUCGUGUGAUUUUUACAAUUUGUACGAACCCUGUUUCGACGAAUUGGAUAUAGUUUUAGUCGCGUACGAUAAAACAAUCGACAGUGUCGCGCGAUCUGCGAGAACGAUCGACAAAUUCCUCUCGCAACCGGAACUUGAGGAAUACUUUGUCGAAGCCAGCUCACAAUCUCUCGAUUCGAUAACACAGCUGAGUGAGAGGAAAAUUAAGGUAGGUCUUACGGCAAACGACGAUCAGUCUCGUCCUUUGCAAAUGAAAGAGAACACAGAAUUAAGAAUGAAGGAUUCGGUGAUCGAAGAUCACGCGCGUCCAACGAAACGACAUGUGAAAUUCACGAAAUUCGAGCGAUCGAAAACGCCGGUAGAUGUGAAAGAUAUUGAUAAUCGAUGGAGAAAGUGUAUCGUUAGAAGUUCGAAUAAAUGCCCUGAAAAAACAGAGCUGAAAACGAAAGAUCGAUCGAUCGCUUCGGGGAAGUUAGACAGAGAGGCAACGGUGAAAUCUUGUGGAAAUAGUAAAGAAAGUAGGAAAAUAGUGAAAUCUGAAAUUGGUCCUUUCGAAACGCGUUUUUGUCAAGUUGAAAACGGGGGUUCGAGCUUGUCGACAGUAUCGAUGUGUCCCGCAUCUUUCAGCACGGAUAACGAGUUCGAGAACGAUAGGGAAAUAUCUGAAGAAAUCUCGAAAACAAUUAAUCAGCAAUAUCUUCGCGACGAAGCGGCGAAUUUGAAAUUGAACGCGAUAGAAAUCGAAGAUGGUAAUUUCGAUUACGCGAGUUUUCACAAGGUUCUGUAUUCGAAUAUUUUGAGGGACGUUUUGGCGGAAAUGAAGAGCACCGUUCGAGGGGAAUCACCGUUUACGGAGGACGAGAUAAGGAAGAUUUUUAAUAUCAACGAAAUUGCACCGCUGAUAAUGAAGAGUUUAUUAGAGAGUCUGAAGAGCGAUCCGUCGAAUUUAGAGAAUUUCGAGGUGUUCGUUAAAAAAUUAUUGACGAGCAACGCAGCUUCUGUGCAGAAUAUAAAAGCAGUGGAAACUGGGAAACCGAAUGGCGAGUCUGAGAAACGAAAUUUACAAGUGGAAUAUCCACCAAACGAGGUAAAUGUCGUUGCGAUGAAAAUGAUCGAACGUGACGAAGAAAUUGUCGAGAGGAAAAGUAUUACAGAUGUAUCUGAAUCGGAACAGAAAGUUACUGUCCCUGCUGAGUGUAGCGAGGACUUGUUGCAAUCUAAAGAAGACGAAAAUUUUUCAGUUGAAAAAAUAAGUAGAGUCAAUUCUGACGUUGAGUCGUUGAAAGAGAAUUCUGACACGAAAAGUGGCCCUAGAAGUAGUAAUAAGAAUGUCGUUUCGCAAGCUAACGAGGUGAAUUUGCAAACGAAAGAAAGUAAUAGCGAAAACUUAAGCUCUACGAAAAGUAUGCCAAAUGAUGUUCGCGAAGAAACUGAAAAUGGGGAAUUAAAUCAAAUCGUUGAUACUUUACGAAAGAAGAGUAUUUCACAGAAUGAAAAUGGCAAAGAUGGCUUAAAAGAAACUGAAAAGAUAUCGUUAGUGGCAAAGUGCGAAGAGAAAUGUGAAAGCGUAACGCAGAAAGAUUCGAGAAUUUCUGAAACGAGAAAAGAAAAUUCUGUAAGAUCACGAUCUACGAUUGAAAACACUGGAAAAACUGCGCCACGUGAAAAUGGCAACAACCUUUCGCAGGUUUCUUUAGCCGAUUCUUUGCACGAUUGUGCGUCUCUUCGAUCAUCUCCGAGAAAUCUUUCGAGAACGACGUCGAAUGAGGUGAAAUCUUCACAGAAAGUGAACGAAGUUGAACAUGUUAUUAGUGCAGGGAUUAGCGGGGAAGUACCGCACGUAGAUACUUCACAUUUCGAUAAUACGUUUGACAAAGAAAAAAUUUUAUUGGACAUAUACAACGAGAGCGAAAUGUUAUCGAAUACGUGGCAAUCCGAGGGAGAAUUAUAUAUACCAUGUUCUGGUUCGUAUUCUCUCGGAGAAGUUCGAAUAUUAACGAACAAUCAGAAUCAAUCAGAUGGUGAAAAUACGAAUGAUUUUAAUGACAAUAUUACGGAUUUUGUUACAAACAAAAUGCCCGACUCUUGCAAUGAAUCUUCGAAGAUAAAAUAA